AUGGCUGAAACCAAAGAAAUACGUAAUAUGAUAUCAAGCUUUCGUGUUUCUGAACUGCAAGUAUUGUUGGGGUUUGCUGGACGUAACAAAAGCGGGCGGAAACAUGACCUUCUGAUGAGGGCUCUGCACUUGCUGAAGAGUGGCUGCAGCCCAGCGGUUCAGAUAAAGAUACGAGAGCUUUACAGGCGCCGGUACCCGAGGAUAAUUGAAGGACUUGCAGACUUGUCAGCUGCCAAGUCCCCAGUUUUCAAUUUGGACAGCAAUCCCUUGCCUGUUGAGUCUGACCUGGCUGUUGCUGGCAUUCACCCAUUCCCUUCUACGUCAGUCACACCUCAGUCUCCCUCCUCACCUGUCAGUCCUGUGCUCCUCCAAGACCCCAAGACCCACUUUGAGAUGCAACAGCCAUCCCCUCCAAUUCCACCUGUUCAUCCUGAUGUUCAACUGAAAAGCCUCCCUUUUUAUGACGUGCUUGAUGUGCUUAUAAAACCUACAAGUUUAGUACAGAGCAGCAUUCAGAGGUUCCAGGAGAAGUUUUUUAUCUUUGCUCUGACACCUCAACAGGUCAGAGAAAUCUGUAUUUCCAGAGAUUUCUUGCCAGGGGGCAGGAGAGAUUACACAGUCCAAGUUCAGUUAAGGUUAUGCCUAGCAGAGACCAGCUGCCCUCAAGAAGAUAAUUACCCUAAUAAUUUGUGUAUUAAAGUAAACGGGAAGCUGUUUCCAUUACCGGGAUAUGGUCCACCACCAAAAAAUGGAAUUGAACAGAAGCGACCUGGACGCCCCUUGAAUAUAACUUCUCUAGUUAGGUUGUCAUCAGCAGUGCCAAACCAGAUUUCCAUUUCCUGGGCUUCUGAAAUUGGAAAGAAUUACUCCAUGUCUGUGUAUCUCGUUCGUCAGCUCACUUCAGCUAUGCUUUUGCAGAGGUUAAAAAUGAAAGGCAUCAGAAACCCUGAUCAUUCCAGAGCACUAAUUAAAGAAAAAUUAACUGCAGAUCCUGAUAGUGAGAUUGCCACAACCAGUCUGCGGGUAUCUCUGAUGUGUCCUCUUGGAAAAAUGAGACUGACAAUCCCAUGCCGGGCUGUUACUUGCACACACCUGCAGUGUUUUGAUGCUGCUCUUUAUCUUCAAAUGAAUGAAAAAAAGCCUACUUGGAUCUGCCCUGUCUGUGAUAAAAAGGCAGCUUAUGAGAGCCUAAUAUUAGAUGGACUCUUCAUGGAAAUACUUAAUGAAUGUUCAGAUGUGGAUGAGAUCAAAUUCCAAGAGGAUGGUUCCUGGUGCCCCAUGAGGCCAAAGAAAGAAGCUGUGACAGUCUCAAGCUCACAGUGCACGAAAACAGAAAGUUCCAGUGUUGUUAGCAAAAUGUGUUCUGUGAUGGUGGCCGAUGAGGCAAACAAGAAGAAAGUUGAUGUUAUUGACUUGACAACAGAAAGCUCUUCUGAAGAAGAGGAAGACCCUCCUCCCAAAAGGAAGUGCAUAUUUAUGUCUGAAACACAAGGAAGCCCAACCAGAGGGGUUCUUGUGUAUCAGCCAUCUGCUGUCAGAGUGCCGAGCGUGACAACGGUUGAUUCUGCUGCUAUUCCUCCUUCUUUAACAGACUACCCAUUCCAGCACCCACCAAUAUCCAAUAUUUCGUCAGACUUGCCAGGCUUGGAUUUUCUGUCGCUAAUCCCAGUUGAAUCACAGCAGUACUGUCCUCCUAUGUUUUUGGAUAGUCUUACCUCAACCUUAACAAGCAGCACGUCUGGCAGCAUCAUCACAUCAACGAGUCGCCACGAGAGCGGCACACAUGUUAGCUCCUCUGGCCGGAGCGAGGCAGCAGUGAUCACCAGCAGCAGCGGCAGCGCUCCCGACAUCAUCUCACUGGACUGAAAAAAGGGGCAGCAAGAGGCUCUAGGGGAUAUUGUUACAGAGCUCUGCUGCUUGUAUCUUGAAUUUCAGUAUCUUAGAAGUUACUCUGAUAUUUAUUGAAAGGAUUUGCCUUCUGGAAAUGGAGGAAAUUGAUCUAUGCUAGGAACAGAAGUGAUAGAUUUUUAUUG